CAAGGGACUAUGGGAAAUCUAUUGACGGCCAUCUUGAACGCUCAUGAUCGAAGGAGUGAAUAAUUGUCUACUUUCAUUCCUUUUUUUCUUAUUUUGAGAUGAUCAAAGCAAUUCUUGUAUUCAACAACCAUGGAAAACCACGGAUGACCAAAUUCUUUACUCAUUACUCUGAGGACAUGCAGCAUCAGAUCAUUAGAGAGACAUUUCACAUAGUCUCUAGGAGAGAUGAUAAUGUUUGCAAUUUCUUAGAAGGAGGAACGUUGAUUGGUGGUUCUGACUUCAAGAUUAUUUACCGACAUUAUGCUACUCUUUACUUUGUUUUCUGUGUGGACUCCUCUGAGAGUGAGUUAGGAAUUCUUGAUCUUAUUCAGGUAUUUGUGGAAACUUUAGACAAGUGUUUUGAAAAUGUUUGUGAGCUGGAUCUCAUAUUUCAUAUGGACAAGGUUCACUAUAUUUUACAAGAAAUUGUGAUGGGAGGCAUGGUGUUAGAAACCAACAUGUCUGAAAUAUUGACUCACAUUGAAGCACAGAAUAAACUAGAAAAAUCAGAAGCCGGAAUAAGUGCCGCACCUCAGAGGGCCAUGUCUGCUGUCAGAAAUAUUANUCAAGAUGAAGCCUUCUUCUUUCUUACACGGAGUAGUAACUCGGUUCCAACCAAGGGACUAUGGGAAAUCUAUUGA